AGGCGGAGCCAUUACGUCGCCCGGGCAGUGCGUACGUAAGUUGCAAAAUGAGCUUUCCAGACUACAUGCAGUGUGCGGAAGAUCAUCAAACUUUACUAGUUGUGGUCCAGCCAGAUGGGAUUGUUCCCGAAGAGAGCUUUUUUAAGAUCUACAAACGAAUCUCAACAGUGAGUCAGAUCAAUGUCCGUGACUCUCAGCGAGUUCUUUAUAUCCGCUACAGACAUCAUUACCCACCAGAAAACAACGAAUGGGGAGAUUUUCAGACGCAUCGUAAAGUUGUGGGAUUAAUAACCAUCACGGAUUGUUCCUCUGGAAAAGACUGGCCUCAAACUUUUGAAAAAUUCCACCUUCAAAAAGAAAUUUAUGGCUCAACCCUUUAUGAUUCCCGACUGUUUGUCUUUGGACUUCAGGGAGAAAUUGCAGAGCAAACUCGUACGGAUGUGGCAUUUUAUCCUAGUUAUGAUGAAUGUGAAAACGUGGAAAAGAGAAUAGAAGACUUCAUUGAGUCUCUCUUCAUUGUAUUGGAGUCGAAACGUCUUGACAGAGCUAUCGAUAAAUCUGGAGAUAAGAUCCCACUUCUGUGUGUUCCUUUUGAAAAAAAAGAUUUUGUUGGCCUGGAUACAGACAGUAGACAUUAUAAAAAGCGAUGUCAGGGUCGUAUGCGGAAACAUGUUGGGGACCUUUGUCUACAAGCCGGGAUGUUGCAAGAUUCUCUUGUUCACUAUCACAUGGCUGUGGAACUCCUCCGUUCUGUAAAUGACUUUUUGUGGCUGGGAGCUGCUCUUGAAGGAUUAUGCUCAGCCUCCGUCAUCUAUCACUAUCCCGGAGGCACUGGAGGUAAAAUUGGGUUCCGCAGGGCACAAGGAGGUUCACUUUCUGCGGAGGCAGGUAACAGGCAUAGACCAGGUGCACAAGAAGUUCUAAUUGAUCCAGGGGCCUUGACAUCAAAUGGCAUCAGUGCAGAUACAAGUUCUGAAAUAGGACGAGCUAAGAAUUGUCUGAGCCCUGAAGACAUCAUUGAGAAGUACAAAGAAGCUAUUUCCUAUUACAGCAAGCUUUCCGAAGAAGAAAAAAUCCAGCGCUACAGCAUUCUUUCUGAGCUCUAUGAGCGAAUUGGAUUUCAUCGCAAAUCAGCUUUUUUCAAACGAGUGGCCGCCAUGCAGUGUGUCGCCCCAAGCAUCGUAGAACCUGGUUGGAGAGCCUGCUACAAACUUCUUCUGGAAACACUUCCUGGUUAUAGCCUAUCUUUGGAUCCUAAAGAUUUCAGCAAAGGAACUCAUCGUGGUUGGGCUGCUGUACAGAUGCGCUUACUUCACGAGUUAGUGUAUGCCUCCAGGAGAAUGGGAAACCCAGCACUUUCUGUCCGACACUUAUCUUUUCUUUUACAAACCAUGCUAGAUUUUCUUUCUGACCAAGAAAAGAAAGAUGUAACACAGAGUCUAGAAAACUAUACGUCAAAAUGCCCAGGAACAAUGGACUUCAUUACCCUUCCAGAUGGCUUAAAGCUCCCCCCUGUGCCAUUCACCAAACUUCCCAUUGUCAGAUCUGUCAAGCUCUUAAACCUCCCUGUUAGCCUUCGACCACAGAAAAUGAAAAGCCUGCUGGGCCAGAACAUGGCAACGAAAAGUCCCUUUAUAUAUUCGCCAAUCGUCGCUCACAAUCAUGGAGAGGAGCAAAGCAAAAAAAUAGAUUUUCAAUGGGUUCAGGGAGACGUUUGUGAAGUUCAGCUGAUGGUGUACAAUCCAAUGCCGUUUGAACUCCGGGUAGAAAAUAUGGGACUACUCACGAGUGGUGUUGAGUUUGAAUCCCUCCCUGCAGCUCUCUCUUUACCUGCAGAAUCUGGUCUCUACCCUGUGACACUUGUUGGUAUUCCUCAGUCCCCAGGCCAGAUCAACGUCAAUGGCUAUCACACCUCAGUCUUUGGAGUCUUCAGUGAUUGCCUUUUGGAUAAACUGCCAGGAAUAAAGACCUCUGGUUGUACAGUGGAAGUCAUUCCAUCUUUACCUCGGUUGCAGAUCAGUACUUCAUUGCCCAGUAUCUUCCCAGGAAAGCUGUUCGGUGACUUCUUGAGUUGGAAUCUAGAAGAUACACUCUCCCAAUUUCCUUUAAAGCCCGGAAAUGUUGCUGUAUUUACUGUGUAUAUUAAAGUCAAGCUUGAUUUCUCCUGUCACGAAAACCUUCUACAAGAUCUGAAUGAUGAUGGAAUUAGUGUGAGUGGUCUUCCGCUUUCCAGUCCGUUUCGACAAGUGAUAAAGCCACGUAUAGAAAAUAAGCCUCUGAAUCCACAGGAAGCCACUAAAGUUGGUGACUUCAGCCACAUAAAGACGCUGGAAGCCAUCUUGAAUUUCAGAUACUCAGGAGGCCCUGGACAUAUUGAUGGAUAUUAUAGGAACUUGUCCCUGGGACUUCAUGUGGAAGUUGAGCCAUCUGUGUUCUUCACACGUGUCAGUACCUUGCCUGCAACAAGUACUCGCCAAUGCCAUUUGCUCCUUGAUGUAUUCAACUCAACGGAACAUGAACUCAUGAUCAGCGCAAAGAACAAUGAAGAUUUAGUGUUGCAUGCUGGAGAAUGCCAGCGCAUGGCUAUUCAAGUUGACAAAUUCACCUUCGAAAGUAACCCAGACUCACCUGGUGAGAGAACACAAUAUGCAAAUCCAAAGCAGCUGGAAGAAGAAAGGAAGCAAGCAAAAAGCCUGGAGAUCAACAACAAGUUAGACAUUGUCUGGAAAAUUCCCUCUUUGAAGCGUGAAGGGGAGGCCAGCGUGGAAGGGAUCCUUAAUCAGGUUGUCCUGGAUCACCUGCAGUUGGCGCCUCUCCAGUGGGACGUGUUGGUGGAAGGAAAACCCUGUGACUCGGACAUUGUAGCAGAUUGCACCGUCGGGGAUCCAGUGAAGCUGGAAGUGAAACUGACCAAUUGGAGCAAGCACAAUGUCGGACCCUUCUCCCUCACUGUGAUCCCCUACCAAGAUUAUCAAAACGGCGUCCACAAUUACGAUCUUCAAGAUGGCAUCACUUUUGUUGGCUCCAACACCUUUUAUAUUGAUACCGUUAAGCCGACAGAAAACUCGAUGUGUGUUGGCGCUCUUCUUUUUCUCUGCACAGGUGACUUUUACUUGAACAUCAAGUUCCACGAAGGCAACUCGAACAAGGAGUUUCCCCCUUCCUGGUUAUGCCUGCCCAGUGUUCACAUCCGAGCGGUGCACUCUGUGAUCCAGACCAAGUUGUAAAUACAAGUGCAUUGCCCUGGGGUUCACCUCUCUCUCUCUCUCUUGCUUUCUACUUCAAGUUUUCCACAUGCCUUAGAGAGACUGGUUUAAGUAACUCCCUGCAAGUAGCUAACCGUAACCGGACAAUAAUCGCUUUUGCUCGUUUAAGAAGAGGCAACAUUAUAUACCGAGGAACUGGAUUUUCUUCAUUCACAAUGGUUUACAGGAUUAUCUCUUUUUUAGAAAUAUGUUUCAUUUAUUAAGUUAUACGUAACACUGGACUGUAUCCACUGAUUUCUGAAAUAAUCCUCAAAUUAAUUGCUUGUCUGCUUGGAUGUUGUCUAUAAAGUUAUAAGUCAUGACCUACACUUCUAAAUUUUUCUUCUCUGUUCACUUGAGCUUUCUGUAUUCUUUUAAACUUCUAAAAGAAAUCUUCUAAAUUCUUUAUAAACUGUAUAAGAGAUGCAAGUCUUCUUUUUUCCUUCUCUGGCCAAGUCAAUUCAACUCUCAGAAUUGGAUUUAAGUACAGUUCUUGAAAUCCCUUAAUACAUAUAUAUAUAUAUAUUUCAUGCUUUGCCGAAAAUAAGACCCUGU